UAGAGGAAGAAGAAGGUUGACAUCCGAGAUAAACAAGGACAGGUUGAAUAACUAUCCUUGUGGUCGUUUGUUUCUGUUUCUCAGUUAAGUCUUCCACUUUUUAGCUUCACCGAACUGCCGUAAGGAUCUUGAUUUGUCCGUGCGCUCUGUUUGAGACGGUUGACUUCCGGUUUCAUGGCGGUUUCUGCUCACUUACCUAAAGUCCGGUCACUGUACAAGAGGAUUCUGGUCCUUCAUCGGUUCUUGCCCAUCGACCUGAGAGCCCUCGGUGACCAGUAUGUGAAAGACGAGUUCAGGAGACACAAGAGUGCAUCACCCGAAGAGGUCAACAACUUCAUGUCGGAGUGGGAGAACUACAAGGACACCCUGCAGUCUCAAGUCCUGGAGUCGGCAGGGGAGGGACUCGGCCCUGGGAAACUUGGGGCGGACCUGUGCGAGGGGAAACUCAGCGACUUCCAGGGGGAUCAGAUCGGCCAACUGUACGAACUCAUGCUGGAGUCCACCAAACCAAACAGACAGUUUGACAUCCAGGAGGACAGGAAGUGACAAAGACUGUAAAAAUCAAACGGAAGGGGGCUGUUUGUAUCGGCCCGUUAAUAUAUUACCUCAGAGCUGCAGAUGGAGAGUGGGACUCAUGAAGCUAGGGAUACUUGAUUGUGUAAAAGUGCUGUAUGGUCUCUUUCCUGUGACAAUAAAAAGAGGUUCCUCGUGCCGCUCUGCCGGCACAUUAAGUCAGCAAUAA